GGCGGGGUCUGCCUCCUGCCGCUCUCCAGAUCGGGCUCGGGCUCUGAUUGGCCCGGCCCGGCUGUCAGUCAGACUAUCAAGCCGGCUGGCUUAGAUGGGUGGGUUAGGCUGAGGGAUUUGCUCUUGAGCCUGGGCAGGAGCGGCGUAAAGUGGGUUCUCAGAGUGAGAGAGGGAGAGGGUGGGUCGGCCGGCGGCUGGCUGGCUGGCUGGGGAGAUAGCAAGGCAGACAGAGAGCAGCUAUCCGGGACAUUGAAUGAAAGGGAGAAGACAUGCACUCAUCGGAUGGGAAUUUGCAGCCCUGCAAGGCGGCGCGGAGAGCCGAGGCGCUCGUUUGCUUUCCUAAACAAAGCAGAAGGGCAAGCCCGACCUCUCACCCAGCAUGAAGAGGUGCAAAUCGGAUGAGCUGCAGCAAUCAGACGAAGACUCUGCUGGGGCUGAAGAUGCCCCUGUCCUGUCCACCAUGGAUGCCAAGGCUGGGGAUUCAGCUGCCGCCCUGUCAGAUUUGGCUGCCUCCAAUCCAAACCCUCCACCCCAUCCUGUUACCCGGAGUAAGCCUCCAGAUUUAAAGAAGAUACAACAGCUGUCUGAGGGAUCUAUGUUUGGCCAUGGCCUUAAGCAUCUUUUCCAUAGCCGCAGACGGUCCCGGGAACGGGAGCACCAUAACUCCCAGGAGUCAUCACAGCAGCAGCAGCAGCAGCACCAGCACCAUGGCAUGUCUGACCACGACUCCCCAGACGAAAAAGAACGUUCCCCUGAGAUGCACCGUGUCUCCUAUGCCAUGUCUCUCCACGAUCUUCCGGCUCGGCCCACUGCCUUCAACAGGGUGUUGCAGCAGAUCCGCUCCCGUCCUUCCAUCAAGAGGGGGACUAGCUUGCACAGCGGCAGUCGGCGAGCCAAGAGUGGCUCCCUGGAACCCCAGAAAAUCAGCCCGCACCUUGUCCGCAAGGCCCCCCAAGAUAGCAGCCUGACAGCAAUACUGCACCAACACCAAGGCCGGCCAAGAUCUUCAUCCACCACUGACACUGCUCUCCUUAUGGCCGAGGGUGGGACCGUAUACCUCCUGGCGGAAGAGUCUGACUGCCUCGCUGACAAGUUGGAUAAAGGGGAUGUGAGCCAAAUCAGCCUGCCUUCUAAUACAAGCCACGGUGAUGCUGAUGGCAACUUCUGCCUUGACGUUCCAGACGGCAACCCAGACCCGCAGAGGACAAAGGCUGCCAUUGACCACCUGCACCAGAAGAUCCUCAAGAUCACCGAGCAGAUCAGGGUUGAGCAAGAGGCCCGAGAUGACAAUGUGGCUGAGUACCUGAAGCUAGCUAACAACGCGGACAAGCAGCAGGCCUCUCGUAUCAAACAGGUCUUUGAGAAGAAGAACCAGAAGUCAGCCCAGACCAUCGCGCAGUUGCACAAGAAGCUUGAACAUUAUCACAAAAAGCUAAAGGAGAUUGAACAAAAUGGGCCCUCUCGACAGCCCAAAGACGUCUUCCGGGACAUGCACCAGGGCCUCAAGGAUGUAGGGGCUAAUGUCCGCUCCAGCAUCAGUGGCUUUGGAGGCGGAGUGGUGGAGGGUGUCAAAGGUGGACUCUCAGGCCUUUCUCAAGCCACCCACACAGCUGUGGUCUCCAAACCCCGAGAGUUUGCAAGCUUGAUCCGUAACAAAUUUGGCAGCGCGGAUAACAUUGCCCACUUGAAGGACACGCUGGAAGAUGGGCACCCUGAGGAGGCCUCACGGACUCUGAGUGGCAGCGCCACUCUGGUUUCUAGUCCCAAAUACGGCAGUGACGAUGAGUGCUCCAGUGCCACUUCUGGCUCUGCAGCAGGGAGCAACUCGGGGGCGGGUGCUGGUGGCUUGGGCAGCCCCAAGUCUAACACCUUGGACAGUCACCACUAUAAUUUUGAGACCAUCAUAGAAGAACUGAGGGAGAUUAAGGACAUUCAGUCCCACCUUGAGGACUCCAUGGAAGACCUCAAGGCCCAGCUGCAGCGAGACUAUACGUAUAUGACUCAGUGCUUACAGGAAGAGCGUUAUAGAUAUGAACGCUUGGAAGAGCAGCUGAAUGACCUGACGGAGCUCCACCAGAAUGAAAUGACCAAUCUCAAACAGGAGCUGGCCAGCAUGGAGGAGAAGGUGGCUUACCAGUCCUAUGAGAGGGCCAGAGACAUUCAGGAGGCUGUGGAAUCCUGCCUGACUCGUGUCACCAAGCUGGAACUUCAGCAGCAGCAGCAACAGGUGGUGCAGCUGGAAGGGGUGGAGAAUGCCAAUGCCCGGGCCCUGCUAGGCAAAUUCAUCAACGUCAUAUUGGCCUUGAUGGCUGUGCUGCUGGUCUUUGUCUCCACCAUUGCCAGUUUCAUCACGCCCUUGAUGAAGACCCGCAUGCGUCUCCUGAGCACCACCCUGCUGGUGGUUUUUCUCUUCCUCCUCUGGAAGCACUGGGACUCCAUCACUUAUCUUCUGGAACACGUGCUGCUCCCUAGCUGAUUCUCCUGGCAGCCAGGUGUCGGGGCUGCAGGGUGUUUCGGGUUUUGUUUCAUGUAGAGAGAGAGAGAACGAGGAGACCUUCCAACUCCGUUCCUUUGUCUAUACAGAGUACGUAAUCCUCACUCGCUCUUCCCCUGCACAGCCAACUUUAUUCACGUCCAACACCAUCUCUCAGCCGUAGGGAGUGUAGCUGCAUCUGAGCUUGUGAGAAGAGGCUGAAUAAGUCCCUCUUCCAGGAUGCCUUUGCAAGGGGUUGUGGGAAAGCAAAUGAAGUCCGGAAGAAUCUUUAGCUGCAACACCUUAGCCUUUUCUUUCAAAGCAAACAAAGGAAGUGAGCGCGAUUGCAAAGCUUUGUGCGCAGAGCUGCAGAACGCCAGUCUCCAGAAAGCGUUUUUUGCGGGGUGGUUUUCUGCCUGAGAAGGAUGAUAAAAGGCUUAUUUCUACAUAUGAAGACAACGGUUCAACACUGAAGAUGAACUUUUUUCUUUUUCUUAAAACUGAUGCCCCUUAGAAACAUGCACAGAUUUCAUGGAGCAGAAUGAUGUACAUAUCACACCAGUUUAUCCAAGUCACAUGGCUACUUUACUUUCCAUUCCUGCAGAACAGCUGAUGUGCCAGAAGUGCACCUGGGCAUCUUUCUUAUGAUGGACUUGAUGUGAUUAUGGAUUUGGCUGGGUUGUUUCACCUGUUCAGUUUUGCCCAGUGGAGACAAGAUCAAAGGGGGG